AUGAUGCAAGGUCGUUUUGGAAACUGGUGCGUUCAGCGUUGCUUGGAAAGUCCGUGCACCAGGGAAGACAGGAUGAAGAUUGUGAAUGGUCGUAUUGUAGAAUUAGCCACCAACUGCUAUGGCACUCAUGUCGUGCAAAAAGCAUUGGAGUGUGAAGAAGAUAUCAAACGUAUUAUUGUUGGCGAACUUCUGGCCAACGACCCUGCUUAUACAUUAACUUCUAAGCACUGCAGUGUAAACCGUUCCCUCCGUGGUAAAUGGGCUAGCCUCGCAUGUCAUGAAACUGGCUCCCUUGUGGUACAAACCAUGUUCGAGAAUAUGGACGACGCUAACGAUAAGCGAGUCAUUGUUGAUGAGAUUCUCGAAAAUCUCGAUGACGUCGUAAAAAAUCAAUGGGGAGCUUUUGUGAUUCAGCACAUAAUUGAACAUGGCAGCGCCGAUGUGUCUCAUCGCACUUCCCUAUCUCUCAUCUCCAAUAUUGCAGCUUAUGGCACCCACGACAUUGCUGUCAAAUCUAUCUUAAAAGUCCUCAAGGAGAAGGACUCUGUGACUCGCGAGGCGUUAAUUUCUAAGAUGUGCGAACCCAACAUCAACAAUGGUCGGAACAAACGUCCAAUUAUUGUCGACUUGGCUCUAUCCGCCAAUGGGAGCCAGAUUAUUCAAGCAGUAUUGCCCGAGGCCAACAAAGACCAGCGUGCUCGUCUUUACGAGGCAGUAAAAGGACAUACUGUUACCCUGAGAGGGUAA